UAUACUAUUCUGUGUAAUGUGAUUUCAUAUUAUUUUUCAGAUCCUCUUUUGAAAAAAUCGCCUGAAGGCUGGAUUAAGCUAGUGGAUGACGACAGUUUGAAGCUCCUAGAAAAUAAAAUCGCAGCAAGCGAAAGUAAAUUGGAGGAGCUUAUGAAUAAAGUCAGAGAGAGUGAAAAUAAAUUGGAGCAGCUUACAAAUAAAGUCAAAGCGAGUGAAAAAAAACUUGAGCAAUUAGAAAGCCUUGCAAGCAGAAUCCUAGAAAAUGAAAUAAAAAUUGAGGUGUUAGAAAGUCUUGCAAAUAAUGACAAAGCAAGUGAAAAAAAAAUUAAGCAGUUAGAAACCCUUUCAUAUAAAGUGGCAGCCAGCGAGAGCAAACUCUCAUAUUUGGAAAAGUUUCUAAAAAGUCUGAGGGAGGAUCAUAAUGCUUCAGUUCAAAAGAUGCAAAAAUUAAACAGAACAUUUUCUGUGCUGGAAAAGGAGCAAAAUAAGCAGAAAAAUGCAACAGAAACAAAAGUGGUGCAGGAAAACUAUAAUGGAUUUACCGUCAUAAUAGACCCUCAUUUGACAAAAGAUAUUCGCGAUACAAGAAAUAACUGUCCAGAUCUGAAGAGAAUUCAAAAUAGUUGUCCAGAUCUGAAGAGAAUUCAAAAUAGUUGUCCAGAUCUGAAGAGAAUUCAAAAUAGUUGUCCAGAUCUGAAGAGAAUUCAAAAUAGUUGUCCAGAUCUGAAGAGAAUUCAAAAUAGUUGUCCAGAUCUGAAGAGAAUUCAAAAUAGUUGUCCAGAUAAAAGUGAUGACAGCAGUGAUAGUAGUGAUAUUUAUGAUAUCUUCAAAACACAAUUGAAUGAACCUAAAAUAAACUGCAAACUUCCAAUAAAAAAUGAUAAGGGUGAUGAUGAUUUUGAUUUGGAUAAGUUUACAAAACAACUAAACGAAUAUACACUAAUAGUACAUAAUCAUAUAAUAAACUGGAAUUUAACCAACCCAACGCGUAAAAUCGGUGGCGAUAAUGUUGGCCUGAUUGAUGAUAAUGUUUACAGGAUUGAUGAUAAUGUUUACACGAUUGAUGAUAAUGUUUACACAGUUAAUGAUAAUGCUUCCACCAUUGAUGAUUAUGGUUCAGGUGAUUCUUGCAAUAUGUUUAACCAACGAAUAUCUAAACGUAAAAUUAACUGGAAUUGGAAACCCAUAGAAAAAAAAGUAAAAUAUAACUGAUAUAAAAUUCAUUCAUUGUUUUAUUAUCAAUUUUGAUAGGGUCAUGUAACAUAAAACCUUCAGAUAUUCUAUUUAAUGAAAGAAGGAUUCUGUUGCUCGCUUGCUAAUGGCAGAAGAAGCAAAAAUAUAUCUUUCUUUUUUCCCCUCAAAAUUAAUAGGAAAUAAACCAGUGUUAGCGUAAGGUUAGAUUUUUGCUUAGUUUUAACUCCGGUAUAGAUAUAUAAAAAUUUUGAGGUAUCUGUUAUAUUAUCAAAUCUCAGUAAUCUGUGUUAAAAUUGUUCUUUAUAAAAAUGAAAGCAAAUAUUUAACUUAAUUAAUUGUCAAAUGUAAUUUUUUCAAAUUUUAAAAAAGAGUAAUUUGUAAAAUGUUUUAGGAAGGAAUAUUUGUUUAAAAUUAUUUUUGUCAUACUUUUUUUCUGGAUUUACAAGUUUUACAGUGGUAGUGUUUCUACCUUAUUCAGUGUAGUGUAUUUGUGGGUAACAGAUGUCAUUAAUGUGGUAACAUCUUAAAAUGCAUGCAAUGUUUUCUUAUUACUAUCUCCAUCAAAAACGUCACUCUGAUUUUUCAACUAAUAUUUGAAUUAUUCCUUGUGAGAAAUUUGUUUUUCUGUAAUUUUUUUCAAAAAUGAAUAUUUUAAACUAUUCAUGUUGUUGUUAAUUGUAAACUAAGAUGAGAAAUGCUAAUAUAUUUUAAGCUGUGAAAAUGCCUAUUUAACAUUUUGUCUAUGCUUUCGUUGUGCUUUUAAUAAUUUAUAAGAUAAUUUUAAUCCUCUUGCAAUUUUCGUUUCUCAAAAUGAGUAAGUUGACUAUAUUAAGCUGUAAUUAAAAUUUUGCAUUAUUGAAAUUUAUUCAGCUUUGCAAAUCUGCAGCCAUUUAUUGCAGCAGAUUCAGCAAUUUAUUUACAAAGCAAAUCUUUAAUAAUAUAUUACAUUAAUCAACUUGGUUGAUAUUUUUAAAUAUAAAAUUAAAUGUAAUUUGAAAAUUAGUAUCAAAAUAUACAUUAAAAAUAUUUAAAAGAGCUGUGUUAGCUGUCACAUUGCAAAAUAGUUGCAAAGAAAUCUGACUUUUGGGUGAAGUUGUUGAUGCAAUAAUAAAUUUAAAAAUUUAGUGCAACAUUAAAAUUAUGAAAAAUUCAGAUCUUAGAUAGGUAUUAAGAGAAAUACUUUAUGUGUUUUUUGUAAAUGUAUUCCAUAUCUCUCUUUGUUAUGUCUUGGAAUACCUUGCAAUGUUAUGACAAAUUUAAUCUCUCGAAUUUAUUAUAAUGUGCAUUAUCAAUUGAAAGAGGGUAAAGACAAUAAAAGGGAGCAAAAAAUUAUAUCAUAGAGGCUUACCAAUUUGAAGAAAUGUGAUUAGAAUUAAAAUCAUUAUUUCAAUUUGAGACUGGAAGUAAAUUUAAUGUUCCAAAUGAAGAACAUUUUUGAUUAAUUUUAUCAUAAGAAUUUUGAUAGACUCAGGUAAUACAAGUCCUUCAAGUAGUCUGCUUCUCGAAGGAAGAAUUAUGUUGCUUGCUAAUGACAGAAUAUUUUACUUCUUCACAGAGACCUUUCUUUUUCUGACUCCCUCAAAAUUGAUAGAAAAUAUACCCAAUGCUAAUAUAAAGUCAGAUUUUUGCCUUUUAUUUUUUAUUUUGGUAUAUGAUUAAUAUAUAUAUAUAUAUAUAUAUAUAUAUAUAAACUCUUCUACUUGAAGAUAUAUUUGUGGUGAUUUAAUUGAAUCUUGAUAACUUUUGUUAAAAUUGUUCUUUAUAAAAAGUAUGCAUUCAACUUAAGAAAUUGCAAAAUGUAAUUUUUUCCAAUAAAAAAAGGUAAUGUGUAAACAGUUUAGAAAAGAAAGUCUGUUUUAAUUAUUUUCAUCUGAUAUAUUCUUUUUGUUUACAAAUGUUUCGAUGGUAGUAUUUCUAGCCUGCUGAUUGCUGUGAAUUUUGGAUUGUAGAUGUCAUUAGUGUGGUAUCUUAAAAUGUGCAAAAUUUUGUUUUUGUAACCCUUUCCGUCACCGCCCCUUCCCCUAAAAAAUGCUGUUUUAAUUUUUCUAAGAUUUUAUAUUAUUCAUUUAGAAAAGUUUAUGGGCUUUACUUUGUUAAUUUAAAAAAAAAAAAAAAAAAAAAAAAAAAAAAAACAGUAUUUGCUGUUACUCAUAUUGCUGUUGAUUAUAAACUAUGAUAAAAAAAUCCUAAUAUAUUUUAAGAUAUGCAGUAUGUACAUUUAACAUUUUUCAUGUUUUUUGUUGUGCUUUGAGUAAACUAAUUUUAAUCCUCUUGCAGUUUUUUUUUUUUUUUUUUUUUUUUUUUUUUUUAGUAAAUAAUUGGUUAUAUUCAGAUGUACUUUAAAGUUUGGGCUUAUUAAAAGUAUUCAGGUUUUAGAAAUAUGUUAUCAUUCAUUGCAGCAAAUGCUGUAAUUUAUUUGUGAGGUGAAUUUGUGAAUAUUGGGAAUGCUGAAUAAUAAUAUUUUUAUCCAUAUAUUUGUAACUAUAAAUAUAAAUAUAGUUUAAAAAUUAUUAUAAAAGUAUAUGUUAAAAAGGUUGAAGAGAGUUGUGCCAGCUCUCUCAAUGGAGACGAGGAAAUUGACUUCUGAGUGAAGGUAAGGUAACAUGUUGAUGCAGUUAUGAAUUUUAAAAGUAUUUUGCAUAAUAUGAACAUUAAAAUUUUGUAAAAUUCAGAUCUUAUAUAGGUGUUAAAAUAUUUGGUACAUUUUUUUCAAAUGUAAUAUGUACCCUCUCUUUUUUUUUUUUUUUUUUUUUGAAGGUGCAAAAUAAUGCUAAAUUCCAUGUCUUAAAUUUUAAACAAAAAUGUGGUAAUGUAUUAUCUUUUGAAUUGAAGCAAUAAAAAGAAACAAAAUUCUAUGUAUUAAAGCUUCAACAUUUUGAAGGAAUUGGACUAAAAUUAAAUUGAAGUACUUCAAAUUGAAAAGAAAAAUUAAGUACUUCAAAUUGAAAUUUGGAAGUAAAUUUAUAUGCUCCAAAAUGUUUGGUUUGUUUCAUUAUUGGCAAAGCAUGUGAGAGCUAUCUAUCUGAAAUACUCCAAAUGAAGAAGCUUAUUGGAAAAUUUCAAUGGAUCAGGUAACACAAGUCAUUCAAGUAUUCUUUUUGUUUCUGCUAAAGGCUGAAUAAUUUUGGUUUUUGACAAAGACGGACUAUUCUUUCUCUGUUUUCCUAAAAAUUCAGAGAGAGAGUAUCAGUAUAAACUAAAGUGAAAUUGUUGCUUAAUUUUAACUUUGGUAUGUAUAUCCAUGCCAUUUAAUAUUUUUUACAAAUUUGUAAUGAUUUAAUCAAAUCUCAGUAAUUAUUGUUAAAACUGUUCUUUCUAAAAAUUAAAGUAAACAUUUCACUGAAGUAGCUCUGAAAUAUAAUUUGUGAAAUGUUUUCAGGAAGAAUGUGCUUAAAAUUAUUUUUCUUAUGUUUUUUUGGAUUUACAAUGGUAAUGUUUCUGGUUGUCAUUGUAGUGUAUUUUUGGAUAGUAGAUGUCAUUAUGUGGUAUCUUAAAAUGUGUCAAAUAUUGCUCAUGUAACCAUUUCCGUCAAAACUGCCUUUCUGAUUUUUCUGUCAAGAUUUUGCAUUAUUCAUUGUGAAAUGUUUUUGGGUUUUUUUUCUGUUGUUAUUUUUUUUAAAAAAAAGAGUUUUUUACUGUAUUCAUAUUGCUGUUGAUUAUAAACUAAGAUAAAAAAUGCUAGUGUAUUUGACAAUGUUCAGAAUGCAUUUUGUAUGUUCUUUUGUUGCAUUUUAAAUAAAUUGAUGUUUAUCGUCU